GUUCAGUGACCGGUGCGCUAUUUAAAGGGGAAGCAACAUGGCACGCGCUGUAGUCAAACAGGAAUCAGUCGACUGGGAGAUGCAUAAGUCCGCAGACAAAAACAAGACCUUUGUUUACACGAAGAAAAGGGGGUAUGAUGUUACACGCAACCCCCACCUGAACAAGGGGAUGGCCUUCUCCCUGGAAGAGCGCUUGCAGCUGGGCAUUCAUGGCCUGUUGCCUCCCUGUUUUCUCAGCCAGGAUGUGCAGCUAUUACGGGUCCUUAGGAACUACGAGCUGAAAAAGGAUGACUUAGACAGAUAUGUCUUUCUGAUGGGCCUUCAGGACCGUAAUGAGAAGCUGUUCUAUCGAGUCUUGACCUCAGACGUAGAGAGAUUCAUGCCCAUUGUGUACACGCCUACUGUUGGCCUAGCAUGCCAGCAAUACGGCCUUACCUUCAGGAGACCUAGGGGCUUAUUUAUCACCAUUCAUGACCGCUUUCACAUCUCCACACUACUACAGAGCUGGCCAGAGAAGGACAUUCAUGUCAUUGUAGUGACAGAUGGAGAGAGGAUUCUGGGCCUGGGGGAUCUAGGCUGCUAUGGCAUGGGCAUCCCUGUGGGCAAACUUGCCCUCUACACCUCCUGUGGUGGAAUGCCACCUCAGCAGUGCCUGCCUGUCAUUUUGGACGUAGGGACAGACAAUGAGGAACUCCUGAAGGACCCUCUGUACAUCGGUCUGAGGCAUAAAAGAUUACGUGGGCAGGCCUAUGAUGAACUGCUGGAUGAAUUUAUGAAGGCUGUUACAGACAGGUAUGGAAUGAACUGCCUUAUCCAGUUUGAGGACUUUGCCAAUGUCAAUGCCUUUCGUCUUUUGAGCAAAUAUCGGAAUAAGUACCUUACGUUCAAUGAUGACAUCCAAGGUACUGCUGCGGUGGCUGUGGCUGGACUGCUGACUGCCCUCUGCAUUACCAAAAGCAAAAUGUCAAACCAUACCAUCGUGUUUCAGGGUGCAGGGGAGGCCGCAAUGGGUAUAGCUGAGCUCAUUGUCAUGGCAAUGGAGAAGGAGGGGCUUCCUCGAGAGCAGUGUCUGAAAAAGAUCUGGAUGGUGGACUCUAAAGGACUUAUUGUUAAGGGCCGGGACUACCUCACCCAUGAGAAAGAGAGGUUUGCACAUGAGCAUGCACAAAUGAAGAAACUUGAGGAUGUUGUGAAGGAACUGAAACCUACUGCUAUAAUUGGGGUGGCAGCCAUUGCCGGUGCUUUCACCGAGGAGAUAAUCAAGUCAAUGGCCUCCUUCAAUGAAAGACCGAUUAUCUUUGCUCUUAGCAACCCUACCAGCAAGGCAGAGUGUACUGCAGAGCAGUGUUACACACUCACAGAGGGAAGGGGUAUAUUUGCCAGCGGGAGUCCCUUUGAUCCGGUAACUCUCUCUGAUGGGCGGAAGUUCUAUCCUGGCCAGGGCAACAAUGCCUAUGUCUUCCCUGGAGUGGGGCUGGGGGUCACUGCUUCUGCAAUGAGACAUAUCACAGAGGACAUUUUUCUUGUUGCAGCUGAGGCUAUAGCGGAACUGGUGACAGAGAAGGAUCUUGCAGAGGGGCGGCUAUAUCCUCCUCUCAACAAUAUUCAGGAUGUUUCGUUCAAGCUGGCUGUAAAAAUUGUGGAGUACGCCUUUAAACACAAAAUGUCAACACUGCACCCGGAGCCACAUGAUAAAGAGGCUUUUGUUCGUUCACUCAUCUACAGCACAGAAUAUGAAGAAUUUGCAGUUGACUCAUAUAGCUGGCCUGAGAACGCUAUGACCGUCCAGACAUGCAAACUCUGAAAACCUGAGAUACACAGACCAGAAUGAGACUUAUACCCAGUAUAAUAAUGUAGUUGUUUUAAAUGUGCAAAUGUAAGCGUUUUCUUGAAAUUAUCACUGUCCGCAACCCAAAAAUAUC